AUGCCCAAGACCAGACCAUCGAAGGAGAAGCGAGACCAAGCAAAAGCAGAGGAGACACGUAUACGAAGGAUAGAAAGGGAAACCAAGGAAAAUGACCGCGCGGAAACAGUCGCCGAUGACGAUGCCCUCAAUUUGGCUGCUAAGAUUGACCGGUUAGCUGAGAUCCGAAAUUGGUUCUGCGCAGAGACAACUGUCGUAGAUCAAUACAUGGCAGGCGACCUUUCGAGGGCCGAGACAGUCGAUAUUCUGGCCACGCCAAUUGAUGAGGCAUACUCCACUGCUAAUGCUGGCACGGCAUACUUUCGACAAGAGAGGACCGCUCGACUGCAGCGAAAGUAUCAUAGCCCCGAGAAGGCACUCGAGCUUUGGGGACCUGAACAAGAUUGGCCUGAACCCGAAAAUGAGCGAGAUCACUCUGAAAACGCCGAAAUGCUUCUUUGGAACCUUUGGUACUCGAUUCUUCACACAGCAAAGAAAAUCCGCUUCACCGACGAGGCUCGACAGGAGAAACUAGUUGAUCUAGUCAGAGCACUCAAAGCCCGACCAGAUCCCCCAGAACCAGUACCAAUGACGAUUCCCCUCAAGAGAGAUUGGGUCUGGCAACUAGGUACUGUUUGGAGCGACCUGAUCAUUCUGGGCGCCUCAAUCGCCGAAGUGAGAAACGACUCCUGUGGAUGCGGAGCUGGUUGGUCAUGGCCAGAGCAACAAGCAGAGCAGAACCUGAACGCGUUCUACGCUCGACUAACUGCCAGCGGAGUAGCAAACAUACGCGUCCAAGGAGAAAUAUGUGCUGUUGAUGCACUAGAAAAAGCCCCGACGCCAUGGUAUCGCCGCGUAUCACCACCGCCAGAUCAUGAGAUUCUCAGUCACUACAUUACUUGUGCUGCGCUAUGGACUAUCAUUGCUGGGAAGGAGGUUUAUGCUCAGUAUCCGCAUACGAGAGAUGAGAGGGAUAUUGAGGUGGUGGAUAGGAUAUUGGAGUUGAGAGAUAAUGAACUUCCGUGGAACAGGUCACGGAAGAAGUAUAAAGGUCGGGCGAGAUGGGAGACGGCAAGGAGGGAAUUUGCACGGAGGAGGUUUGAGGCUGAGUCUAACAACGAGGAUCUAUCACCCGAAGUCCGAGACUUGGCUGGACGAGCUGCAAAGACAAUGAGUGACAUUGUCUGGCAAAAGUAG